UAACAUGCCUCAUCAAAACUCUCAAGUCAAAGAGUUGACAAAUUUAAUGUUCCUAAAAUCUUAUAAAUAAAGAGGGAUAAAGAAGAAUACUUGGUAAUAAUCAGGCUAGAGGGAAUAGAGAAGGUUUGAAGAAGAUGGGAAAAGCAGUAAUAUUGGUAGUCAGACUUAUUGCCUUUGUAUGCCUUGUGGGAGCACUCGUCAUUCUUCUUAUGAGCUCCCAGUACUCCGACAAUGAAAGCCUUUUCUACACUGACGAGCAACUUCAAACAAAGUUCACUGAUUUUCGUGUUUAUAUUUACAUGCUGGGUUGCAUUGGCGUGGGAAUUGCGUAUAAUCUCUUUCAAACAGUACUGUCGCUAAGCAUUGGAGUCAGUUUGUUAGAUCUAUUUGGUGACAUGAUCAUAGCAAAUGUACUAGUUUCAGGCGCUGCUGCAACUUAUGGUUUUACCCUGGAAUUGAGCCGAGCUGCCGACUUAGAGCCCACUAGUUUCUUCAACAAGAUUUUUGUGUCUGCGGGCCUUUCUCUAUUAGCUACUCUCUUCACACUAAUCUCUCUCAUUUCCGCUCAUGUUGCUCUAAAGGCUCCUGCUCCUGCUCCUGCCCACUGAAUAAACAUUCCAUGUAUCAUCUUUUGUUCAACUGUAUUCUAUGUAAAUGUUCACAUAUAUCUUCAAGUGGUAUUUGUAAAUGAUGUUAAUUUGAAGAUAACGCAUGUCUUCAAAAUUGUUGAAUAUAAUCUUGUGUGUCCAGAAUA